AUGAAAACAGAUGUAUCAACGAAUAUUGAUGACAUAGUUCAACAAGUGAUGCAAAUGGAACCACAACCAGGCAGUCCAAACUAUGAAACAAACAGUCGUCUGUACGAUUCAAUACUAGAUCAAGUGACACAAAUGAUGGAAGAUCUGGAGAGAACGUUCAUGGGAAUUCUUGGUGAAUUCGAUGUCCAUAUGGAUCAGUUAUGGCUGGCAAUCUCGAACGACAAAGAAGAUCAGUUACGUGUUGCACAGGAAAGUUUUCGAGCAAUACUCGACAAAUACAGUACACAAUGGAAUCGUGCGUUUCAAGAUGCCAAUGAUAAAAUUCACCGUUUUGAAAGUGACUUAGCAAGGGAAUCAAUGCAACAAUGA